AUGUCUGAUAUUUACAAAAAGAUCAAUGAACUUAGUCUUAAAAAAAAAGAAAUUAUUAAUCUAAAAAGUUAUCUAGUUGGAAAUAUUCAUUCAACAGUACAAUUACAAUUGGCCCUUGCAAGUUGUGAAUCAAAAGAAGAAGAAAAUGGUCAUGAUAAAAAGAGACUUCGUGUAAAAGAGCCUGGAAGCAGUAUACUGCUGGCUGCUGCUGAUAAUAAUACUGUAGAACUGUCAUCUAUUAUUUAUGAAAUGCUCAUGAGCAAUAAGUAUAAGCCCGAUCCUCAUUCAGAAUUCACUUCUUUGUUAAAUGUAAAAACUGCGAUGAAAGUAUGUCAGUGUUUUUUUGCACUUAACAAGGAUAUUUUGGCCUUUACCGAUCUUGGUGAGUUAAUGAUAGCAGUCACUGAAGAUGAUCCAGAUUCACAUGAAGCACUUUUAAACAAUGAAACUCUGGUACUUGAACGACUUAAAUCUUUGCAAUCCUUGACGAAUCUUAACUUUUGGGAUGAGGCAAAGAAUGGAACACGUGUGAUUUAUACGGGUACAACUCACGCACGAUUCGAGAAAGUUUACCUUAAAAACAGAAUGCAAGAAUAG